AGUGGUGUGUGAAGUGAAAUAACAAGAAAUCAAGCGACCAUAGUGAUUUGCAAAAUUAUUAUGAUUUUGGAACGAAAAUAAUCUAUAAUUAAACACAUACACAAGGUACCAAGCGAUUUAUCAAAAUGAAUAUUACAUCGGCCGCUGGUAUUAUUUCCUUGCUGGAGGAACCGAUGCCGGAAUUGAAGGUUUUUGCCUUACAAAAACUGGACAUGAUAGUGGACGAGUUCUGGCCGGAGAUAUCGGAAGCCAUUGAAAAAAUUGAGAUCCUGCACGAGGAUAAAGUGUUUUCGCAGCACGAACUCGCUGCUCUGGUUGCAAGUAAAGUUUAUUACCACUUGGGGGCUUUUGAAGACUCCUUGACGUACGCUUUAGGCGCUGGAAACUUAUUUGAUGUCAACAGUAGAAACGAGUACGUAGACACUACAAUUGCAAAAUGUAUAGACUACUACACCCAACAAAGGAUUUUGCAUGCUGAGAACUCUCCACAAGCUAAACCUAUCGAUCCACGUUUAGAAGCUAUUGUUAACAGAAUGUUUCAAAGGUGUUUGGACGAUGGACAGUACCGUCAGGCUUUGGGUCUAGCCUUGGAGACCAGACGUAUGGAUAUAUUUGAGGCUUCCAUAAUGCAAUCUGAUGACGUCUGUGGGAUGUUAGCAUACGCCUUCCAAGUGACUAUGAGUCUCAUACAAAACCGUGGUUUUCGUGCAGGUAUACUAAGAUCCCUUGUCGGUUUAUACCGAGGUUUAGCAAAACCUGACUACGUCAGCAUGUGCCAAUGCUUAAUCUUCCUUGAAGAUCCUUUAUCAGUCGCACAAGUCCUGGAUAAACUUACCAAAGGCUCCGAAGACAAUGUACUCAUGGCUUAUCAAAUAGCCUUUGAUUUAUACGAAUCAGCCACACAACAGUUCUUGGGUCGUGUGUUACAAGCAUUGAGGGCUACAGCGCCUAUUCCAGGUGCUUUAGGAGGUCAACCCAAGCCGCAAGGCGCACCUGCACCAGAAACACCCACACCGACACCUACACCUUCAGAAACUGAAGCAGUCACUGAUGAAGAGAAAGAAAGUGAGAAGUCACAAGUUGUGGAGCGUGAUUUGGCAAGUUUGACGGAUAGUGAAAAGGCGCACCAGCAAAGCGUUGAAAAACUAGUCAGUAUUUUGUCAGGUGAAGUUUCUAUAGACUUGCAACUACAGUUUUUGAUCAGGAGCAACCAUGCGGACUUGCAAAUUCUGCGCGCUACAAAAGAAGCUGUCAGGGUUUCGGUAUGUCACACAGCUACAGUAAUUGCUAAUGCGUUCAUGCAUAGUGGUACUACAAGCGACCAGUUUUUGAGGGAUAACUUGGAUUGGUUAGCAAGGGCUACAAAUUGGGCUAAGCUUACAGCCACAGCAUCGUUAGGUGUUAUUCAUCGGGGUCACGAAACCGAGUCUUUAGCUUUGAUGCAGAGUUAUUUACCAAAAGAGACAGGGCCGAGUUCAGGGUAUUCUGAAGGCGGUGGUUUGUACGCACUGGGUUUAAUCCAUGCCAAUCACGGUGCUAAUAUUAUUGACUACUUGUUGAGUCAACUGAGGGACGCUCAGAACGAGAUGGUACGUCAUGGGGGUUGCUUAGGUCUAGGUUUAGCUGCUAUGGGUUCACACCGUCAAGACGUGUACGACCAACUCAAGUUCAAUUUGUACCAGGAUGAUGCGGUUACUGGUGAAGCUGCAGGUAUUGCCAUGGGUAUGGUGAUGUUGGGUAGUAAAAACGCAGGGGCUAUUGAAGAUAUGGUGGCGUAUGCACAGGAGACUCAGCACGAGAAGAUUUUGCGUGGUUUGGCUGUGGGCAUAGCCUUCACCAUGUUUGCACGGUUGGAAGAAGCCGAUGCGUUGAUUAUGAGCUUGUGCGCUGAUAAAGACCCGGUUUUGAGACGCUCUGGUAUGUAUACUUUAGCCAUGGCGUAUUGCGGCACCGGUAACAACCAGGCUAUAAGAAAACUUUUGCAUAUAGCCGUGUCUGAUGUUAAUGAUGAUGUACGACGUGCUGCGGUAACAGGUUUAGGCUUUCUGUUAUUCCGGACACCAGAUCAAUGUCCGUCAGUAGUAAGUUUGUUGGCAGAGUCUUACAAUCCUCAUGUGCGUUAUGGAGCUGCCAUGGCUUUGGGUAUAGCGUGUGCAGGUACUGGUUUGCGUGAAGCCAUAGCACUUUUGGAACCCAUGGCUAAGUUUGAUCCGGUGAACUUCGUGCGCCAGGGUGCUUUAAUCGCGUCUGCGAUGAUUUUGAUACAACACACUGAAGCGGCUUGUCCAAAAGUCGCAUUCUUCAGACAACUGUAUACGCAGGUAAUCACUAACAAACACGAGGACGUGAUGGCUAAGUACGGUGCUAUUUUGGCACAAGGUAUAAUAGAUGCUGGUGGUAGAAAUGUUACUGUAAGCCUGCAAUCGCGGACUGGACAUACUAAUUUACAAGCCGUUGUUGGUAUGUUAGUGUUCACCCAGUAUUGGUAUUGGUUCCCGUUGGCACACUGCUUAUCCUUAGCUUUUACUCCGACAUGCCUAAUAGCGCUCAACUCAGACCUAAAAAUGCCUAAAAUCGAUUUUCACUCAGCAGCCAAACCCAGUUUGUACGCUUAUCCUGCACCUUUGGAAGAGAAAAAACGCGAGGAGCGUGAAAAAGUAACCACAGCAGUCCUAUCCAUAGCUGCUAGAGCUAAAAGGAAAGAUCAUGAUAAAAAGAAGGAUUCUGGACAUCAGAUUGAUAUAAAAAUGGACGUGGAUGAACCGGAGACUACGGAUAAAAAAGAGAAAAAGCCUGUGCCUACAAUCAGCGUUACCUCAGGUCCUUCCAAAGGCUUAGCACACAAACCUUCAGACAGCGGCACGGAGACCACAACAAUAUCCUCCGACGACUCGGUAACAUCCACCAGGAAAGAACCAGAACCGAACUUCGAAAUGUUACCAAAUCCUGCACGCGUGAUGCGCCAACAACUAAAAGGAAUUACCAUUGCCGAAGGGACGAAUUACACUCCUCUCAAGGAUGUUUCUAUCGGAGGAAUUGUUAUGGUGAAACACGAUGCAACCGGUGACCAGACCCUGGUGGAGCCCGUGGCUGCAUUCGGCCCCAAACCGGAGACCGAGGAGAAGGAACCGGACGCUCCGGAGCCUUUCGAGUAUCUCGACUGAAAAUUUAUUAAUUCUAAUGUAAUUUUUACCAUGAUUUGAGAUAUGU